AUGUUGGGCUCUUCAAUAGCCCAAGAAGAAGGACCGUUUAUGAAGCAGUUCCAGGUGAACAUACAGAUAAGGGAGCCGUCCGGAAUCAUGAUUUGGACCAGAGCUAAUCCACUGAUUCAUAAGUUCGGAGUGGAAUUGUAUGUCGGUGUGGCCGAUGGUGGAGUAGUCUUUUCGAAGCCCAUAUAUGAUAGAGAGUUAGUGGACGAAGCACCCGAUAUUGUAGAUGGUAAAUUUCUCUUUCGAGACGACUACAUGGUCGUGAAAAGGGGCUAUUUGGGACGUUACCGGUUUUUUAUCGAAUACAAUGAGACUAUUUCGCAGAGCAACUUUCGAAACAUCAUUGUCAUGGAUGAUCUAUUCUUUCGGCCUAAGAACAACUAUUGCUUUUCACAAUGUCUCGUAAGCGAUCAGAAUCAAACCCCCGAAGAAGUCGCACAUGUGAAAGACAUCCUGGAGCAGAAGAUAAUGCAGUGCAUCGGAUCACAAGCUACGAAGUAUUUGUUCUUUCCGCUGGAGAAUGCAGCAAAACUCGUUUCAGACCCAGAACUGUACGUAAAGUAUCGUUUAUGGCACGUUGAUGCACUUAAACCGUUAGUUAGUAACGUGGUCACAACCUAUCUUGCCCACAAUGGUGUUGGAUUCCAAAUGUACACACUAAUCGAUAAAUUUAAGGUGCUGGAAUUAGCUGAAGGAUUUCUGGACGUGGUUGAUUUCGAUACAGUAUCCUGA